GAGGAGAGGGCUGAGGUGGUGGCCUGGGAUGAAGCCCAGGUGAGGAGCAUGGCCAUCAUGGCCGCCACCCAGGCAACAAGAGCCACCAGGAGGAGACAGCGGGUGGAGGCGGCCCUGGGGCUGCUGGAGCGCUUGGUGGCCGCGUGUGACGAAGCCACCGCGUUCCCCCGGGAGCUGCAGCACAGGGUUGGGGACAUCAAGGCUGCCCUGAAGGGGACAAAUGAGGCAUCCCCCAAUGUCCCUGAGGACUUGGUGGCCAAGGUGGCCGAGGUCGAGCGGCUGUGGGAGGCCAAUGCCCACCUGGUCAAAGGUCACCUGGAGGGGGCAGUUGGAGACAUCUUCAAGUUCUAUUUCGAUGGUAGUCGCGAUAGCACCACUGGGGUGGCUGAGCGGUGCCAGAGAGCCAUCAAGGACAUCCCAAGGCUCCUUCGACCCCGAAAGUGUCCCCAAGGUUUCCCCAAGGUGUCCCCAGUGAGCAAGGAGCUGCAAGAGCUGUCUCUGGUCCUGCUGCAGCCACAGGUCACCGUGGUGGCCACCCUGGGGGAGCUGCUGGCCACCCUGCCCAGGGUGGACGAGGAGAUGCUGGUGUUCAUGUCUCCCGGUUGCCCGCACUGGGUUCUGGAGGAAUUCACCAAUGAGCUCUGGGCCACUAUGAACUGCAUUGAUGACACCUGCAGGCGCCACAAUGUCACCUCCAAUGAUGAUGACCCUGUCACCUCCCUGAGCCAGGUCCUGGCCACCUACAAGAGCACCCCAUGGACAACCCGGAAGCGUGUGACAAUGGCAGCUAGUGAGUGGCAGGGGUCGGUGGACGCGCUCGUGAAAAGCUGGGCCCAGGUUGCCAGGAAGGCCACCAAGCUCUACAACACCUGCAAGAAGGUGGCCACUGAAGCGGCCAAAAGAGCGGCCACCACCACCACCUGGGCCAGGGAGCUGCAGGACAAGGCUGCCCGUUAUGGGACAGCUCAGGAAAACAAGGGAGAGCUGGGUCAGGCCCUGGGCAGGGAGGAGGGGGCCAAGGUGAGGAGAGAUGCCGUGGUGGCUGCCAGCGAGGCAGCAAGGGCCACCAUGGUGAGACAGCUGAUGGAGGCAGCCCUGAGGCCUCUGGAGCGCUUGGUGGCCGCGUGUGAGGAAGCCACCGCGUUCCCCCAGGAGCUGCAGCGCCUGCUCAGGGACAUCGAGACCACCCUGAAGGGGACAAAGGAGGUGUCCUCCAAAGUCCCUGAGGAUUUGGUGGCCAAGGUGGCCGAGGCCGAGCGGCUGUGGGAGGCCAACGCCUGCCUGGCCAAGUAUCACCUACUGGGUACACUUCAAGACAUCAUUGGCUUCUAUUUCACCUGUGGGACCACCAGCCCCACUGCCUGUGGGGUGGCUGAGCGGUGCCAAAGAGCCACUGAGGACAUCCCAAGGCUCCUUCAACCUCCAGAGAGUAUCCAAAACAUUACCAAGGUGUCCCCAGUGAGCAUGGAGCUCCAAGAGUUGUCCCCGGCACUGCUGCAGCCACAGGUCACCGUGGUGGCCAUCCUGGGUGAGCUGCUGGCCACCCUGCCCAGGCAGGAUGAGGAGAUGCUGCCCGUGUCCACAGUGAGACUGUACUGGGACCUGGUGGACUUCACUGAGAACCUCCGCGUCACCCUGUACUGCACAGAUGACACUUGGUGGCACCGCAAUGUCACUGACAAUGAUGAUGACCCUGCCACCUACAAUGAUGGUGACCCUCUCACCUCCCUCAGCCAGGCCUUGGCUGCCUACGAGAGCACCCCAUGGACCGCCUGGGACCGUGUGACAAUGGUGGCCAGCAAGUGGCAGGGGUCGGUGUCCGUGCUUGUGGAGAGGUGGGUCCAACUGGCCAGGAGGGCCACCAAGAUCACCAACACCUGCAAGGAGGUGGCCACUGAGGUGGCCGACAUGGUGGCCACUGCCUCUGCCCAGGCCAGGGAGCUGCAGGACAUGGCUCCCUGUGAUGGGACAGCUCAGGAAAACAUGGUGGAGCUGGGUCAGGCCCUGGGCAGGGAGGAGGGGGCCGAAGUGGUGGCCGGGCAUGGAGCCCAGGUGAGGGAACAGGCCAUGGUGGCUGCCAGUGAGGCAACAAGGGCCACCAUGGUGAGACAGCGGCUGGAGGCGGCCCUGUGGCUGCUGGAGCGCUUGGUGGCCACAUGUGACAAAGCCACCGCCUUCCCCCGAGAGCUGCAGCGCCUGCUCAGGGACAUCGAGUCUGCCAUGAAGGGGACAAAUUGGGUGUCCCCUGAUGUGCCUGGGGGCUUGGUGGCCAAGGUGGCCGAGGUCGAGUGGCUGUGGGAGGUGAACGCCCGCCUGGCUAAGGGUCACCUGGUGGGGGCAGUUCCAGAUGCCAUCAAGUUCUUGUUCACUGGUUGUCCAAGCAACCCCAGUGCCUGUGGGGUGGCCAAGCGGUGCCAAAGAGCCACCGAGGACAUCCCAAGGCUCCUUCAACCCCUGGAGUUUCCCCAGAGCAUUCCUGAGAUGUCCCCAGUGACCAUGGAGCUCCAAGAGGUGUCGCCUCUGCAGCUGCAGGUGAUGGUGGACGUGGUGGCCACCCUGGGCAAGGUGGUGGAAACCAUGACUGGGCCACACGGGGCCACGUGCCUGUACCAUUCCCAAGACUCCCUGCAUGAAAACAUGCAGAACUUCACCCGGAGGCUCCGUAAGAUCCUGAACCAGCAUGGUGUCACCUCCCAUGGUCACCCUGUGGUCCCCUCCUUGGGCCGAGCCCUGGCCACCCUCAGGGCUACACUGGGGGCCACUUGGGCCAAUGUGAGAGCCACGGCCAAGGCCUGGCGGGAGAUGGUGGCCAAGCUUGUGGACAGCUGGGACCAGUUGGCCAGAGAGGCCACCAAGCUCCGAGAUGACUGCAGGAAGGUGAUUACAGCUCGGCAGCUGAUGGUGGCCCUGAUCAGGGAGGAGGUGACUUGGGAAAUGGCCCCGCACGAUGCCCCGGUGGCUGCAGCCACCAAUGAGGCCAUGGGAGAAGCUGUGGUGGCCACCAGGUGGGAAAUGGUGGCCACCAGGUGGGGACCUUGGGCAGUGGUGGCCUUGGAGACACUGCAGCGCUUGGUGGCUGCAUGUGACAGAGUCACCUUGUUCUACUGGAACUUGGAGUGGCAGCUCAGGGACAUCGAGGCCAUCCUGAAGGGGACAAACGAGGCGUCCCCUGAAGUCCCCCAGACCAAGCUGGAUGAAGUGGCAGAGUCUGAGCGGCUGUGGCGUGCCAGCACCCGCCUGGCCAAGGAUCACCUGCUGGGGAUACUUGAGCUCAUUGACAACAUCCUCUUGAGUCCCUCUGGUGGCCAAGGUGUCUCCAGUGGCCCCAGUAGCUGCACAGUGGCCGAGCAGUGUCAAAAGGCCAUCAAGGACAUCCCAAGUCUGCUGCGGGGACAGUGAUGCCACUGCUGUGAGUUCAUCAGGGUAGUGAUGUCACUGGAGAGACUUGUGGACACUUGAGUGCCAUCAGCUCCUUGUGUCACCAAGAGCCCCUCCAGUGCCACCAGUUCCUCAAGUGCCACCAGCUCCUUGUGUCACCAAGAGCACCUCCAGUGCCAGCAACUCUCAAGUGCCACCAGCUCUUCAUGUCACCAAGAGCCCCUCAAGUGUCACCAGCUCCUCGAGUGCCAGCAGCUCUUCGUGUCACCAAGAGCCCUCAAGUGCCAGCAGCUCCUCAACUGCCAGCAGCUACUCGUGUCAGCAAGAGCCCCGCAAGUGCCAUCUGCCUGGGGCAGAACUGGUGCCUCUGGGCUGCUGGUAGUGCCAUGUCCCUGGUGCUACCUCUGCAGUGUCCCCAUGUCCCUGCAGA